GAUUGUUCAAUAGACAACAAUAGUAACAUCAACAUGAUUGUUCAUUAUUAUUCAAUGUUUAUCAUCGCCUUCUAACAGAAAAAAAAUAACACAGAAAUAAAAGUGAGAAGAAAAAGUUGAUCUACAAUUUUUGUUCUCAUACAAGAAAGAGGAUUUCAUUCUGAACUUCUGAUUCGGAAUUUUCCAUCAUCAUCAUCUUCAUCAUCAUCUCUCUUUCCAUACUCCCACUUAUCUUGACUUUUCUUUAUUCCAUAUUCCAAUUCAUUCUGUGUUCACCAACCAAACAACCAACUUACUGUGUCCAUCAUAAGUUAACAACAAACUACUGGACAUGAUAAUAAUAAUCUCCAUGAGUCCUAAUUUCAUCCUCAUCAAGUUAAACCCAUGAAUAGAAUGUAUAACAAUUUGAAUGAAUCAAAUCAUCAAAUGUUAUCAACCAUCAUCACCACUUUAAUAAUCAUCUCGUCAUCUUUAAUACUAGCAUCUUCAUUAUCUCCAUCAUCUUCAUCCUUAUCAUCAUCAUUAUCUCAAGUGACUCUCAUCCAUCUUUCUUGAUUAUAUUAUAUUACAUCUUCCAUAUAAAUAUCGUGUCUUUCAUCAUCUUCGAGACGAACAAGAGAAAAAGUUCUUAUUCUUUGUUCGAGACGAAAAAAAAUUCGAAAAAAAUAUCAACUCGCUUCACAUGCUGAUUCAACUCUUUUUUUUUUCUUACUCCAUUUUCUUACCAAGUAUUAGCACGUAAAUGUAUGUAAAUCUUUGAGCAUCCACCACGUUCAGUGCUGAGAUAAUCUGAAUACACACCAAAGUAUUUAAUCAACUAAUCAUCAACAUCAAUCACUCGAGUGUAACAAUAGAUUUUUUUUCAGUUUCUAUUAAACGAGACAAAUUGAGAAAAAAGUUACGAAUUCUUAGAAAAGUUUCAAACUUUGGAACAGAAUAGAAAAAGGAAAAUGUUCAAUAUGUGUUCCAAUUUAUCUCCAUGAUAAUCUUCACAUUGGACUCAUCAUUGUUUCGCACGUUUUGACUACGCUCACAAUCAUAAUCGAUACUCGAAUUGACAUCGUAAUCGUUGAUGGGAAAUUUGAAGUUAAUCUGUUAUCCAGGUCAAUGGAUUUUACAACGAUAUUAUUUUAUUAUCAUUAUAAUCAUUUACUUUAUCUCACUUUAUCCAUGCUAUCAAUCAAUCCAAUACCCUGAGAUACUUGGUGUUGGUGGUGGAAGACAACAUGAAACAAGUAAAUCAAUUCAAUCAGUUAUAAAAAGUUCACCUUUUAUCCAGAAUGUCAACUCAUCAAUAUCAUUUAAUGAACAUGAUGAUAAUGAGAAAAAUGUUCAAAGUGAUUCAGUUUCCCAUUCAUCUUAUCAUCAAACUUAUAAUUCAUGUUUAUUUAUCUACGAUGAAAUCGAGACAGGAUUCAUUAGCUCACCAAAUUUUCCUGGACCAUUUCCGGUUCCUAUCCAUUGUACCUGGAUAAUAAGAGCUCCCAUAGGUAAUGUUAUUACACUUUACUGGACACAGUUUUACCUGAAGGAAGGGUUUUCUGCCACCGAGUAUGCAUUUUACAUCAAUUCAACCCUUAAUGCCGGUGGGUCAAAUCUGUUGACCAGUUAUAUUGAAGGUGAUUUGAUUCCUUUGGUAACAGGUAAACCAGUUCUCGUCCUUGAAAUGACCAUUACCGAUGAUCGUAACAUUUAUCUUCGUAACAUGGAUUGGUUUCUUAAUGCCUAUGGUUUUAAUAUAACUUUUACAAUCGUCCCAUUUAAUACACUGGUUGGAAAUAAAAUUAUUCAAGAUUAUUGUUCUGUCUUCAAGUGCUCAUUUAAUGGUCAGUGUUUAGCCUCUAGAGACAAUAAAGUUCAAUAUUGUUCAUGUUUCCCUGGAUUCUUUGGACGAUUCUGUCAGUAUGGACCUAAAUGUGAUCCACAAAAAGGGAUUAAUCCAUGUAAAGAUGGGACUGAUUGCAGAUAUUUUGCCGGAAGUCAUUUCACCAAGUGCAGUACUGUUGAUGCCUUUUUCGGGGAAGAUCAUCGAUCUCGAUUGACACAUGAUAACAUCACCAAAACAGGCUUCCAAAUAUUGAAAAUCGAGGUUGAAGACGAUGUGACACCAACAGAAGACUCAAAAUUAACAUUAUCCUGUCUCAUACAAUCAACUAAUUCAAUUGAGGUUAAAUGGUAUAAAGAUUUUACUCUGAUAGAUACAGAGACUAGUUUUUUACGAAAAAUGUCAACCAGUUUGGGUCGAUCGUCCAUUAGAUCUACUGGUGGUCAUUAUCUUGCCUCCUUGACCAUUGGAAAACUUUAUCCCUUGGACUCUGGUAUUUUCACUUGUGAAGCCAUUGAUCUUAAGCACAGGACCCGAGUAAAUGGUAGCUAUGAGCUGAGGGUAUUGAGUAAACCACAGGUCAAAGUUUACCCGUUAAGUUCAACCGUUUAUUCAUUGCAAACUUUUACCGUUUCUUGUUUCUCGGUUGAUUAUGAUCCAUUAAUUGGUUAUAAUUGGCUUAAAAAUGGUGAAAUAUUGAAUCCACUCUAUGAUUCUGAGUUAAUUGAGGAUCUUUAUCCCGCCGGGAUAAGACUUAUAGUACCAAAAGCGUUGACCAGAGCAGUUUACACUUGUCUGGUUACAACACCAUUGGGAACAGUUGGUAAAGAAUCAAUUUUAACUGUGAUUCCAAGUAAUCUGACCAAUGAGUUGAGACAAACUUGCUCAAAGGAGACACAUGAAGAUGUUGACUGGCCUGAGACUGCAAUCGAUGGUGUUGCCGUUGAACCUUGUCCACCAGGUUACAAAGACGGAGGUGUAACCAGGAGACGUUGUUUUGCUAAUGGUAAAUGGGAUGAAGCUGAUUUUUCAAGUUGCCUUAAUUACCAAAUGUUUUACAUCCAGGAAAAGUUAAUGAGCCUUACACUUGGUUAUCAUUUGGUGUCCCAUUCGUCAUUGAUGAACCAACUUAAAGAAUCACUCAAUGGACUUCGACUAAAACCAUCUCAAGGUCAUUUCAUUAUUCACCUUUUGGAAUCCCUGAUGGCCAUACUCAAGUUAACAAUGGAUUCGAUGGAGACUCAUGAAUCUUCCCAACUUGCUCUUGAUAUUAUCUCAUCGCUACUUAAUAAACCAGAAUCGAUCAAUAGCCUAACGGGUCUUUCAAAUUUACAUAGACUAUUAAUGGAAUACAGUUUACUGUCCAGUAAGAUUGUCAAGGGUCAACAUAAUCAUCAGAUAACAAGAUCCAAUUUUGUGGUUGAAAUACUCAAUCUGGAUCAUCGUUCCAAUCAUUUACUGCCUUCCACUUUGAAUUCACCAACCAUAGCAUCAUCAUCAUCAUCUUCAUCAUCAGCUUCAGCCUUAUCAUCAUCUAAACAUUUGAACAACAACAAUAAACCAUUAUCAUCAUCAUCUUCAUUGUCAUCAACAGCAACAUCAACCCUAUCAUCAUCUACUUCAAUACCAAGCUGGUUAACAGAUAGUGUUCAAGUAGAUAUAACUUCAUUACCUGGGUAUAAUCAGAACAAGUCAUCAUCAUCAUCGUCAUCAUAUUCAUCAUCUUAUUCACCAAAAGGAUCAACCACCAGUCACUCAACAGAUCAGCUGAAAAGUGUUCUAACGGUUUUCUAUCAGAAUUUAACUUCAUUUUUACCCAAAAAUGUCAUCAUUCAUAAAGAUUUCACUUAUGAGGAAUAUCAAAUUCACUCGAAAGUUGUCACCGUUGCCUUGGUCCAUAGAGCUCAUUACAUACCCACAAAGCCUUAUCCACUUCGAGUAACUGCCCACCUCCGUCAUCAUCCUUCGAUCGAGGAUAAUGUUAAUGGUAAAAAAAUCACUUGUGGCCUUGUACAGUUCAAUGAAAGGAUUGGAUUCGAGACACAGAAUUGUCAAACCUCAACGGAAACAAGUGAUUCGUCCUCAACUAUUUGUAUCUGUGAUAUAACCGGAGCUUAUUCAGUUCUGGUCACCAGUCAAUUCAACAAGAAUUCAGAUCAAUACAAUCCGGAAGUUGAAUUAAAUCCCACUGAUCAGGAAGAGUACCCGGAACAAUAUCAAUAUCAGUUACAUCAAAAUCAACAUCAAACAAACCACGUGCCUAUUGAUAUUGAUAAUCUUUUAAUCAUUAGUUUUUUAAUCUCAAUUGGAUUAAUCACCUUGACCAUUAUUAUAAUUUUGAUUCGAUCAAGAUUCAGAUUGAAUUGUUUACGAUGCCUGAAACUUCAGAUUUGCCUUGCAACCAUUGGAAUUGAAUUUUCAUUCAUGGCCACUUAUAAACCGAUGGACAUUAUUUCAAUACCAUGGAUGAAUAUAUUUCAAUUGAUUCUAUUUUUUCAACUGGUCUGUAAUUGCCUUCAGAUAAGUUUAUGUACCAUUGUCUAUGCGAGUGUGUCCCAGUACAAUUACGGUAAACAUGAUGUACCUUAUAUAAAGAUCACCUUUCUUGGGUGGGUUAUACCAUUGAGUUUAACCGGAGCUGCUGUUGUCGCAAGUGAUCUGGACGAUUCGUACAGACCGGAUAAAAUGACCGAUAUCGAGGGUCAAUAUUUUUACUUUACAAAUGGAAGUGCUCUUUUUAUAACUAUUAUUCAUCUUAUUCUGGUCACCAUUUUGAAGAUAAAAUUCUCAGAUCGCCACAAGAAGGAACUUUUGGACAGUUUUCGACGGUUAGACAAUGGAACAAAAAUUCUAAAUCAAUCAUUAUUAACUAUUUUUUGGACAGACUUUUUUCUUAUCGCCAACUUUUACUACCGAAGUUCUCGAAAAAUUGUCUCGAAAUAUUUUAUUUCCGUUUUAUCUUGUCUUCUUGGACUUAAUGUGAUAAUUUGCUAUGGGUUUUUUGCACAAAUCGAUGAAAACUUCUUACUCGAUUCAGGUAAUAAUUUACCUACAGCUCAACAACAAUCAACUAAACAGGAAAGAGAAUCUAAAACGACCGCUAAUCUACCAAUCAAUAAGCAGUUGGCUAAUAAUGUUUAUGCUCUCGACGAAAUGGAUAUUGCAUCUACUUUUAAUCGGGUUACAUUGACUGAGUUUGAUGUUCACUAUGAGCCUGGACGGAGUGAUCUCUAAUUGUACCCGAUCAUUGAAAAUAUUAUCAACUACACGCAGAUUUCAAUAAUGAAGAAAUAAAACUGAUUUAAAUUAA